CAGCUCUCUUCGCCACAAUCAUGGAUCACCAUCACCACGACGCGAAUUGCGGACACGAAAGCACGGAGCACGAUCAUGACCACGACCACGACUCCUCAGACUCGGGCCCCAAAGAUAACCUGUUCUCGCAGAUCGAGCGUGCCAACGUCGUCGCGCUGAACGCCACCGGCCCCGGCUCCGCCGUCAUCAAACCGUGGCACGAGCGACUAGACGAGGAAAAGUCGAUCGCAUCCGAUGCCGACGACCAGAUCAUCGUCCGCAUCCCAUUCACAGACUCGGUCAAGCUGCGCGCCCUCCUGCUGAAGACGGGCCCGGCGGACGAGACGCCGACGAAAGUCCUCCUGUUUGCCAACGACGCGAAUCUGGACUUUGACGACCUGGACGACAAGACGCCCACGCAGGAGUGCCUCGUCGCGCAGGGCCGCGAAGUGGGAGAAUACGCGCUGCGGACCGCCAAGUUUUCUAACCUCUCAUCGAUCUCGCUUCUGUUCCCGGCCUCCCAAGGAGCAGAUGCGACGCGCAUAUACUACAUCGGCUUUCUGGGACAAUGGACUGAGCGUAAACGACAGGCGGUGGUGACGGUGUACGAAGCCCAAGCCAAUCUCGCGGACCACGAAAAGAUCCAGGGGAUGGAUGGGGGGCUCAGCUCGCGCCCGGUUUGAUCAUGUCAUGUUAUGCAAUUGUAUGUUAUGUAUGUCUAGUGUACAUUGAUGUAGUAUGCUGCUCGAGAUAAAAACAAGACCUGAUCAUUAUCACUGCAUGAAGCUCAUGUCGAAAGCUGGGUUCCGGUUAACAUUAACAUUCCCAUAGCCGGGCUGUUGCUGCUGCUGCUGCUGCUGUUGUUGGCCCAUCGCCAGACCCAUUCCAGCGGACUGGGCCAGCUGCUGCUGCGUCAUGGACUGCUGCUGUUGCUGCUGUUGGCCCACUGCCAGGAGCUGGUUCUGGCCCAUAUUCUGCAUCGCAAACUGAUUGGGGUUGAACGCAUUCUCGCCUUGCGGUGGCUGGCGCUGACCCAUCUGUCCGCCGUUCUGUGCCGCAGCAGCCGCCGCUGCGGCUUUCCGACGCUGUUCGGCGCCGAGAGCGACGUACCGGGUGAUGAACCCGCCCCGCUGCUGGGCCGGCAACGACGCUACUUGGAUCGCAAAAGCAGCGGAGAUGGCCACUCCCCGCGCCGACAGCAUUUGCUGGAUCUGCAGUGCAAUCUGCUGUGUCUGCGGAGACGCUGCCGCUGCCGCCGCUGCUGCUGCAGACGUCGCGAGACCGUUCGUGGCGGGUGGAAGGCCCGGGGGCGGUGGCACAGGCACGACAUGGCCCGACACUGUUUUUGGCAUCUCGGGAAUCCCGGUCAGAGGGAAAAACAGUCCAGCCAGCCCAAUCUGGUGCGAGGGGAAGAAAAGCGCGUUGGGCGUCUCUUUGCCGUUGCUGUUUGGGAGCGCCCAUGAGGCGACGAAAAACUGGGUGGGAUGGGGGGAAAGAGA